AUGGCUUUUCAAGGUGAACGUUUUGUGCUGGACUUGGACGAUGAUGAAGGUUUUCCACCAGAGAACCCGAUUCUUAAUCCAUUCUCCUUGAUUGGAGAGAUCAAAGAGCGAAAUCCAGCCCCCGCCGCUCCCCCAGCGCCCACUCCCACCGCUUCUUCCACCGGCUUCCCCGCCCACCGACGACGCAACAAGCCGUCCUCUUUCAAGCAGCGACGUGCUGAGCAAUCUGCCGCGAAACAGACUGAGACACCUUUUGAAGAAAGCGUGACGCCCACCCCGCAAGAUGACAAGAAAUCCAUCGCGGAGCAGAACAGCCUGCAGCUGGCAAACAUGUCAGAGAAACAGAUCGAGCACGAACGGGAAGAACUGAUCGCUUCGAUGGAUCCGAGCCUACUGGAACGAUUUCUACGCCGAGCAAAAAUCCACGAUGACCCUUCAACCGAAGAGUCGAAACCGAAGCCUCCACCAAAGCCAGAAGUAGAGGACGAAGCAGAGGACGAAGCAGAGGCACCAAAGCCAAAGAAAUCAGUCUCCUUCGACAUCCCAGCUCCAGCUCGGGCCCCGGCUCCAGCUUCAACAUCUCAAAAAGACUCACCACGCCCAAAACCAAUUUCCACAUCCAGGAAAUUCCUUAACGAUGACCUUCCACCAACGAGUCUCCCCCAAGACCUUCACCCCGCAUCUGAAUACCCAUCCCUCGACCCAGCAAUCCUCGAGACCUUCCACUUCCCACAGCCCAAGCAACCAAUGCCAACACUAGACCCCAACUCCCCGAACUUCCUCAGUGAUAUGCAAACACACUACUUCCCCGAACUAUCUCACGACCCAGCCGCCUUAUCCUGGCUAAAACCACUUUCCGCCGACGAAGAAGACCCAGAUUCUAAAUCGCCCUACCACCCCACCAGCGACGCAAUCGCCAUUGUGCCCUCCGCAAUUCGGUUCUCGCUACGCGGUACCAUCCUCGCACCGGAAACCUCGCUUUCAUUACCUACUACAAUGGGUUUACAUCACCAUGGCGAUGAUCCGCAUGCAGCGGGGUAUACCAUCCCCGAAUUAGCCAUUCUAUCUCGGUCCACAUUCCCCGCUCAGCGUUGUAUUGCAUGGCAAGUUAUUGGAAGGAUUCUAUUCCGACUUGGGCGAGCAGAAUUCGGAGAUCGGGGUGGACCCAUUUCUGAGGGAUUAUGGCAUGUCAUCGAGAAGGAAGGGGUUGUUGGAGGGAUGUUAGCUGAAGCAGAUGGUGCGGCAGGACAGUUUCCUGAACGGAACCGGAAGAGUGGACAGAAAGAAGGCGAUGAAGGGCAGAUGCCUGUUGCAUCUGGGAUUGGGCGUCAUGCUAGUGCUGCUGCGUGGGCUGUUGAGGGGGUUUGGUUGUGGCAGAAAGGUGGUGGUGGUGAUCGGGGAUUCUUGAAGGAGGGACAGAUUCGGUCUCAGUAG